UGAACAGAGAGAGAAAGAGAGACAGAGAGAGAGGAAAGUGAAAAGUUGAGCGCGUUUUAAUACAGAACAGGAAGCAAAGGAAAGAAAAAGAUAAUAAAUAUAUAUAUAUAUUUCUAUUUAUACAUGUUUUCCUAAUAAAGAUCAGGGACGUCGGGUUAAACUUUAGGUCUCUUUAGUGGUGAGGUUUUAUGUUAUUACUGCUUUUAGUCAUGGUGGGAAACGAGAGAUGUUUGUUGUACUCGGGAUGAAAGUUAACAUUAUUUCAGCACCAACGGGUUAGUAACAGAAGAAGAAGACGGUUGCUAACCGUUUAGCUAACCAGUUUAGCUUAAACUAAUACAUUUAUUCGCUUCUUCACUUGUCGUAUUUCUAAUCCAGGUGUUUUAAUAUAGAUAUUAAAACCCUCCUCGUUUCCCCCCCACAGCGGAUUCAAACAGCAGGGGGACAUUAAACCAGCCUCCGAGUGCCUUAGCGGUGGAUAGAUAGUGGUGAUAAGCAGCUAGCUUGUAGCUAACAACAUUGCGGCGGCUAACAUGGACGAAGAGGUGCAUGUAUGUGUUAGCAUCAUGGCAGCACUCUUAUAUAAUCCUACAACCAAAUCGCGCUCGCUUUCGUCCAGGAAAGCGACUUUCGGCUCGGUUUAAACGCAGAUAUGUGAGUUUGUGUGCUGAAAUCAAACAGGAUCAACGCGAACAUGGAUUCCAACCCUCUCAUAAGUGCCAUGGACCCGUCCAUCACGCUGUGGCAGUUUCUGCUUCAUCUCCUGGAUGACCAGAAUCAGCGACACCUGAUCUCCUGGACGUCCAACGACGGCGAGUUUAAGCUGCUGGAUGCCGAGGAGGUGGCGCGGCUCUGGGGGCUGCGCAAGAACAAAACCAACAUGAACUACGACAAGCUGAGCCGCGCGCUGCGCUACUACUACGACAAGAACAUCAUAAAGAAAGUAAGCGGUCAGAAGUUCGUCUACAAGUUCGUGACCUUCCCUGACCCUAACUCUGCCGACGGCCUCAGAAGCCCCGAAGACGCCCAGCGGCUCGUCGGCGGAGAGAAAACCGAGGCGUCUGUCCAAUGUAAAGCAGCGGGGGGCGUCGGUGCCGCCGUGGCCUCCCUGUCCAAGAGCCUACACCAGUCUCAGCGCUCGUCUCCGAGCUCGGUGCAGCGCAGCUCCCGCAACGACUACAUGAAGUCUGGGCUUUACUCCACCUUCACCAUCCAGUCCUUGCAGACGCCCUGCAAGAGCUCCAGCAAAGCUGUGAAAACUGAGCUGUCUGUGGAGAACACGCCCAAACUCGGCAGCAGCGAGCGGCUGCUACAAGAGAUGCUAGUGUGUCAGACAGAAGCUCAACAGGCCGCAGCGGUCGCUCCGUCUACAGCCGACAGCACCGCGCUGCAGGUGAUCGUGACGCAACCCUCACCCUGCGCCACUCCCGCCCUCAGCCCACAGACGCCCUCUGCCUCUGCUGCUGCCCCUACGGACGGCCAGCCGCAGAAGAACCAGGCUCUCAGCGAUCCCCCUCAGAUCUACCUGACGAGCAUGCCCGACCCCGGCUCGCUGACGUCACUGAUCCAGGUAGCCGGUAGUGAAUGUGUGGUCGGUUCCCAGCAGGGUCACCCUGUGUUUGUGGUCAUAAAGCCUCAACCUGUAAUGGAAUCCAAAGAUCAACCGAGCAUCUCUCCUGGAGAGGAUCUGCUCGAAAUCGUGGACCUGGACGUCAAACCCGAAGCGGAGAUGAUCCCUGUGUCCACUCCAGUGGUUACGGAGGCUCCGGUGCCCGUCGAUGCCUCUCCACCCUCCUGCCCCGAGCCUGCGGUUCAGCCGGGGGUAGAAUCUGAGCAGAAGGAUGAAGAAUCUCAUCCACCUGUGGAGGACACGAGCUCCAGCGAAGCAACACAGCAACCAGCCUCCACUCAGGAAGCGCAGCCGCCCAAAUCCAAGAAGCCUCGAGUGCUAGAGCUUCCCUCGUCUCCUACUUCGCUCCCUCCGGGUCUCUCUCUGGAUAAAGUCAGCGCAGCGGUGAACAGUUUGCUGGCUCCGAGCAGCACCACAAACACCCUCACACCCACCGUCAUCACCUCUCACGCCUUGACUCCGGUGUUGUUGACGCCGAGUCCCCUCCCUUCCACCAUCCACUUCUGGAGCACGCUGAGUCCCAUCGCCCCACGCAGUCCUGCCAAGCUCUCCUUCCAGUUUCCCUCCAACGGCAGUAAUCAGAUCCACAUCCCGUCUCUGAGCGUGGACGGACUGUCUACUCCUGUCGUCCUGUCCCCGGGCCCUCAGAAACCGUAGAUGUCCCGUCUGCGACAGCUAACUCACAACUCAGCACAGCACAGCACAGCACAGCACAGUGCUCUGUAUGGCGAGUCCUGGUCCAUGGAUGACUCCCUCAGGCCCCUCAGGCUGGCUGUGUAUCUGGCUGAAACAGGAGCCUCUGUCUUUCAGCCACAGACUAAAAGGUGCCAUUUUAUAGACCAAGUCUAACUCAAGUUCAUUUAGUCCUCCUUUUAUUCUUACCGUUCUCUACCUUAUUUAUUUUUGUCUUCUCAACCGUGUAGAUAUUUCGGGGCAUAUUUUAGUUUCCCUAGUUUUAAAGGAGCUCACUAAAUUAUUUGGAGCAGUU